AUGGUGAUCAUCGGUAGGAUAAGCUCUAGAUUAGGUUUGUUUAAGAUAGGACUAAGAUGGUGCAGUGCUGCUGCCGCUCCUCAUGUGCCGGUUAUGGCAGCCGAGACAAUUAAACAUUUGAAACCACAGGAUGGCGAACUGUACAUCGAUAUGACUUUCGGGGCGGGAGGACACACGCGGGAGAUACUGAAGGUCGCGCCGAACGCAAAAAUCGUUGCUCUCGAUCGAGAUCCAGUGGCACACGAGAUGGCAGUGUCAUUAGCCGAAAAGUAUCCCAAUCAAAUUUACCCGAUUCUCGGCAGAUUCUCCGAACUGCCGCAAAAAUUGAAAGAGUUGGAUAGUCAUCAGCGUUCCAUCGAUGGAAUAAUCUUUGAUUUCGGCUGUUCGUCGAUGCAAUUCGAUGAAGGGGAGCGGGGAUUUGCGAUAAGUAAAGAUGGUCCGUUGGAUAUGCGAAUGGACAAGGAUCGCGACCCGGAUGCGCUCACCGCGGCGGAAAUUCUUGCCAAAAUCGACGAAGCAGACCUGGCGCGUAUUUUGAAGGUAUAUGGGGAAGAAAAGUACGCCAAAAAGAUUGCUCGAUCGAUUAUAGAGGCACGGUUUUCGAUGACACGAUUAGCAACCACCAAACAGCUUGCCGAGUUGGUAAAGGCCAGUGUGGGUGGCGACACUUUUCGAUUGGAUAAGUUACAGCGUCCGAGUCAUCCGGCAACCAAAACCUUCCAAGCGUUAAGAAUAUUUGUGAAUAAUGAACUGAACGAAAUCAACUACGGUAUGGUUCUGUCGCAGCUGUAUCUGAAGAUUGGUGGAAGGAUGAUUGCCAUCACAUUCCACUCACUGGAGGACACGAUUGUGAAGAGACACCUCAUGGGGAACGUGUUGGACGGAGUUGUCAAUGAGUUACCGCUGAAGUACUCCAGCCACACGAUUAGCCACGGACGGGAUGUAAUGGAGGCCGUUAUGACGUCCGAUUGGCGUCAGCUGACGAAACAAGUAGUGGUCCCUAGCUUCGAUGAGGUGGAGGAGAAUCCUAGAAGUCGUUCCGCGAAGUUGAGAGCAGCUAUCCGCGUGAGGUAGCGAAUGUAAAAUAAAACGAUGAGAAUUAA